GGCGCUGGGCGGGCAGCGGGCUCCAGACGCGCCGCCGCCGGGCCGGGGGCUGGCAUGGCCGCGAGCUAGGGGCCGCGGAGCGCGCGAGGGGCCGCGGCCACCAUGCCCCGGGGCGCGGGCGCCGUCCGGCUCUGCCUGCUGGCGCUCGCCCUGCCCGGGUGGACCACAAGAGGAAAUGGGGAAGGCAGCCCCCUGCUCCAGCAUGAACGAAUAAUACCUCAGUGGAAGACUGCAGAAAGCCCCACGAAAGAAAAGCAUCCACUCAAAGCUGAACUCAGGAUAACAGCCGAGGGGCAAGAGCUGAUCCUGGACUUGGAAAAGAAUGAGCACCUUUUUGCUCCAGCCUACACAGAAACCCAUUAUACUCCAAAUGGCAACCCUCAAACCACUAUGCUGAAAUCUGAGGAACACUGCUUUUAUCACGGGACGGUGAGGAAGGCAGAACAGUCCAGUGUGGCGCUCAGCACCUGCCGGGGAAUGAGAGGACUGAUUAUGGUGAGCAGUAACCUCAGCUACAUCAUCGAGCCCCUCCCCGACAGCGAGGGCCACCACCUUAUUUACAGAUCUGAACAUCUCAAGCUGCCCCUGGGGAACUGUGGGUUCAAGUACUCCAAGUCCAUCACUGGGGACAGGGUCCUUCCUUCUAUGAACCAGACCAAGAAACGACCUCGCAGGAUGAAAAGGGAAGAUUUACACUCCAUGAAGUAUGUGGAGCUUUACCUUGUGGCUGAUUAUGCAGAGUUUCAGAAGAAUCGGCGAGACCAGGACGCCACCAAACACAAGCUCAUGGAGAUCGCCAAUUACGUUGAUAAGUUUUACCGAUCCUUGAACAUCCGGAUUGCCCUCGUGGGCUUGGAAGUAUGGACUCACGGGAAUAUGUGUGAAGUUUCCGAGAACCCCUACUCUACUCUAUGGUCAUUUCUCAGUUGGAGGCGCAAGCUGCUCACCCAGAAGAACCAUGACAACGCACAGUUAAUCACGGGCAUGUCUUUCCAUGGCACCACCAUUGGGCUGGCCCCCCUCAUGGCCAUGUGCUCCGUGUACCAGUCUGGAGGAGUCAACAUGGACCACUCUGAGAAUGCCAUUGGUGUGGCUGCCACCAUGGCCCAUGAGAUGGGCCACAACUUCGGCAUGAGCCACGAUUCUGCGGAAUGCUGCUCAGCCAGCGCAGCUGAUGGCGGGUGCAUCAUGGCAGCUGCCACUGGGCAUCCCUUUCCAAGAGUGUUCAAUGGAUGCAACAGGAAGGAGCUGGACAGGUAUCUGCAGUCAGGCGGUGGGAUGUGUCUCUCCAACAUGCCAGACACCAGGACGCUGUAUGGAGGCCGGAGGUGUGGGAACGGUUACCUGGAAGAUGGGGAAGAAUGUGACUGUGGGGAGGAAGAGGAAUGUAAUAACCCGUGCUGCAAUGCCUCCAACUGUACCCUGAGAGAAGGGGCGGAAUGUGCCCAUGGCGCCUGCUGUCACCAGUGUAAGCUGCUGGCUCCUGGGACCCUGUGCCGUGAGCAGGCACGGCAGUGUGACCUCCCAGAAUUCUGCACGGGCAAGUCUCCCCAUUGCCCCACCAACUUCUACCAGAUGGACGGCACCCCCUGUGAGGGUGGCCAGGCCUACUGCUACAAUGGCAUGUGCCUCACCUACCAGGAACAGUGCCAGCAGCUCUGGGGUCCUGGAGCCCGGCCUGCUCCUGAUCUCUGCUUUGAGAAGGUGAAUGUGGCCGGGGAUACCUUUGGAAACUGUGGGAAAGACAUGAAUGGGGAACACAAGAAAUGCAACAUGAGAGAUGCCAAGUGUGGGAAGAUCCAGUGUCAGAGUUCUGAGGCCCGGCCCCUGGAGUCCAACGCAGUGCCCAUUGACACCACCAUCAUCUUGAAUGGAAGGCAGAUCCGAUGCCGAGGUACCCAUGUCUACCGUGGUCCCGAGGAAGAGGGUGACAUGCUGGACCCAGGCCUGGUGAUGACCGGGACCAAGUGUGGCUACAACCACAUUUGCUUCGAGGGGCAGUGCAGGAACACCUCGUUCUUCGAAACAGAAGGCUGUGGGAAGAAGUGCAAUGGCCAUGGGGUCUGCAACAACAACCAGAACUGCCACUGCUUCCAGGGCUGGGCCCCGCCCUUCUGCAACACGCCCGGCCAGGGGGGCAGCAUCGACAGUGGACCCAUGCCCUCCGACAGUGUUGGUCCUAUGAUAGCUGGAGUGUUCACGGCCGUAUUUGUGCUGGCAGUCCUUAUGCUGAUAUACUACUGCUGUAAACGGAACAACAAACUGGGCCAACUCAAGCCCUUGGCGCUCCCUUCCAAACUGAGGCAACAGUUCAGCUGUCCCUUCAGGGUGUCUCAGAACAGUGGAACUGGCCACGCCAACCCAACGUUUAAGUUGCAGACGCCCCAGGGCAAGCGAAAGGUGACCAACACCCCCGAAACCCCGCGGAAGCCCUCCCAGCCUCCUCCUCGGCCCCCUCCAGACUAUCUGCACGGCGGGUCGCCACCUGCACCACUGCCAGCACACCUCAGCAGAGCUGCUAGGAACUCCCCAGGGGCAGGGCCCCAAGUGGAGAGGAGGGAGUCAUCCAGGAGGCCGCCUCCCAGCCGGCCAGUGCCCCCUGCACCAAAUUGCAUCCUCUCCCAGGAUUUCUCCAGGCCGCGGCCACCGCAGAAAGCACUCCCGGCUAACCCGGUGCCAGGGCGCAAGAGCCUCCCCAGGCCAGGGGGCACCUCCAUCCUGCAGCCCACCGCCACCACUCCUCUGCAGCCCCGGCCUCUGGGAGCACCUGUCCCAAAGUUUCCUGAAUACAGACCACAGAGGGCUGGGGGGAUGAUUGGCUCGAAGAUAUAGACCCCUCUAAAGGAGCUUCUGCCCUUCCUUGAGGACUCUGAAACCCCCAGAGGAUCCAUGGCCAUGGAAUCCAGAACAAGCAUGUUUGGCCACCUCCAAGUCCUUCCUCCCUGCUUUCCCUCCUCCCAGAACGACCGCAUCUCUGAAAAUCUCCAUCUUGACUCAGUGACUCCUUGGCUUCCCUGGAGGCCCAGAGAGACUACUACCCAAUGGCAUCAUAGUGUUUUGUGCAAUAUACUGCCCCGGGGAAGGGAGGGGAGAGCACGGAAGAGAAUGAAUGGCAGCUUCUCCUCCAACCUCCCUUCGGCUGGCCUGUCACCUCCCAGGUGUCAGUGGGGAUGGUCUGGGCUGUCAAAGCUGGUAAACCCAACUGGGAAAGGUCCUGCUCAGCCCUUCAGCCCAGGACUUAGCUUGGAGAAGCCAUCCAUUCAUGACCUCUGGUGGAGGGUAUGCAUGAGAGCUUGCCAUUGCCUCUGUCUUCCUCGAAGGUCCCAAGCUAGACAGAGGGUGGACACUUACUCAUCCUUUUUAGCUCUGUGAUUUAGAGGGGUCAAACCAGCCUCCAUGGUGGCCCUGCCCAGGGCUCGGUUGACUUUACCACUCCUGGCUCUGUGGCCACAUGUGAACAAAAGAAGUCCCCUCCCCUUCUCUCCCCCCAAGCCCCCACUCCCCUGAUUCACACGGGUGCCCCUGACUCUGACAGGUACUAUUUGUGGGCAGUAUAGACAGCAGAGGGAGCACCAGGCUUGGGCCUCCUCUGAGCCAAUGCCAAAGGUUGCGGCUCUCAAUGGAAUCAUUCUUGGUUGC